GCGAAUUCACCCGGAAGACAAAUGCUUCAGUUAUGGUUUGGGGAAAAAGAGGAAAACAAGUCUGACUGCGAACAGAUCCAGGUGCAGCCAUGGUGUGCUGCAGCUCGGGCCCCCGGCUGUGCUCCCGCUCCUCGGCCUACACUCUGGCCCUCGGCCUGGGCUUCAUCACUCUGGGGACCAGCCGCAUAGUGCUGCUCAAAUACUCGGCCAACGCUGAGAACAAGUAUGACUUCCUCCCUGCGUCGGUGAAUCUGCUCGCUGAGCUGCUCAAACUGCUCUUCUGUCUGGCCAUGUCCGUCAGGGUCAUAGUCCGAGAGGGACGAUCAUACAGAGACCUGGGCUUCUCCUCCAGCGCCUCCUUCCUCAAAUCCCUGAAGUGGGCGGUCCCUGCGUUCCUCUACUUCCUCGAUAACCUCAUCAUCUUCUACGUGCUCGCCUACCUGCAGCCUGCCAUGGCCGUGUUGUUCUCCAACUUCGUCAUCCUCACUACAGCUGUCCUCUUCAGGAUUGUUCUGAAGCGGCGGCUGUCCUGGGUUCAGUGGGCGGCGUUGUUCAUCCUCUUCCUGUCCAUCGUUUCCCUGACGACGGGAUCAGGAAGCAGCCAGAAAGCCAUCGCCGUGCACAACCUGCACCUGAACCCCCUGUCCCCCCCCUCCAACUCCUGCCUGCUGUACACACAGCUGCUGGAGCAGAUGAGGAACAGCAGUGCCACUGAGUCGUGGGUGUCCUCCCUCCCCGGGCAGGCGUGGAGGGACCGGGUGGUGGAGAAGCUCCGCUCCCUGGGUGUGGGUCACAUCCUGCUCCUCCUGCAGUGCUUCAUCUCCGCCAUGGCCAACAUCUACAACGAGAAGAUCCUCAAGGAGGGAGACCAGCUGACUGAGAGCAUCUUCAUCCAGAACAGCAAACUGUAUGCCUUCGGUGUGGUGUUCAAUGGUCUGACCCUGGGGCUGGGUCGGGAGGCUCGAGGUCUCACGGUGCACUGCGGCCUCAUGCACGGACACAAUGUGUUCUCCCUGGGUCUGGUGCUGGUCACUGCCGCUCUGGGUUUAUCCGUGGCCUUCAUCCUGAAGUUCAGAGACAACAUGUUCCACGUGCUGACGGGCCAGAUCAACACGGUGCUGGUUACCGCCCUCUCCUUCUUCCUCUUCGACUUCCAUCCGUCGCUGGACUUCUUCCUGCAGGCUCCCAUCGUGCUGCUGGCCAUCUUCAUCUACAACACCAGCAAGCCCAAGGACCUGGAGUACAGCCUGCAGCAGGAGAAGCUGAGGGUCAUCAACGGGGAGGUGUUCGAGAGGUCCAGAGGGGACGGAGAGGAACUGGAGCUCCUGACGAAGACGAAUACAGACAGUGAAUCUGAGGAGGAGUCUCUGUAGUUUGGACUAAUUGCUCCAACAAGCUGCAGAAUAGACUAUAGAAGCCGCAUGGUUGCAGAUUGUAUCUGUCGGAGCAUUCACUUAAAUGCCCGUCAGCGGCGGGGAAACGUGAGACGACUCUCUCUGAGACUUGUGAUUACUAAGGCUGUUGUGUAUAUAUUGAAAUGUGCCUGUCCUACACAUCAGUGUAUGAGUGUAUGUCAUUUACAGGGAUGAGACUUUAUAGGCUCAUACAUCGAGGGGGAAAUAAUUGCCAUUUCAAGGGUUUCUUUCAUGAAAAACAUUUGUCUUUCUCUAAUGAUUCCUGUUGUAUUUGCAGCUGUUUGAUUGCUUGCAGGUGAUUCAUUGUUUUGAUCAUUUGUUUUUUGGGGGGCUGUAACCACUCGGCUACUAAGGAGCUCCACUGCAGAUAGUUUAGGUACUGUUUUACUUGCUGUUUGCACUGUGUAACAUAAGUGUUUAUUCAACAUAUGGUCAAUAUUUAAUCAAAAAUCACCGCUUUUCAGUAAAUAUCCACAUACUAAAUAAACAUUACCAUACAUAUACAUUACAAAGUACAUCUGUGGGCUCAAUUAGAGUAUCUUUUCUUAAUUAUGAACCAGGAUCAUAAGCAUUUAUAGGAUGACUCAAAGCACAACGAAGUGGUUCCUUGGUUCUCUUACUUUGCCUUAAAAGCUGUGUAUUUUUUGGUCACAUGGGAGUAUUGAUGUGGUUAAAACUGUGAAAUUAAAUGAAAUAUAUAUUUUAAGAUUCUUCUUGUGCCAUAAAAUGUUAACAUGCUUGUUCUGAAAUAAACUGCGAGGAAAACCGA